CAAAGCAGGCUCGCGAUCACCGGGACCCGGACACACGUGUCCAUUUAAUAAACUUAGUCGCAUGGAUUGAUAUCCUCAUAAUAUAAAAUGGAUGCGUUCAAGUUAUUGACAAGGUCCACCAAGUUUAAGGCUGGUAGAUCCCUGUCUUCAACACUGCCUUCCAAAGGCAAGGCCGAGAACCCCCAGCUUUUCCGUGACGCACAGGCUGAAAAGCUGCUGGAGACUGGGAAAAAGAGAAAGCGGGCGCAGACUGCGGGCGAUUCAGAUGCAGAAGAUGCCGAUGCUGCCGAUCUAGAUUUCUUCGGUUCUGGUAAACGGUCUGCGGCCAGCGCAUCAUCGAAAAAGGACCAGGAGGGAGACCAGGACGGACCUGCUGAUCAGAAAGAUGCAUCCGAUUCCGAGGGUGAUGAGUCGAUGGAUGAAGUCCAGCGCCGGACGAUCCUGAACUCCCACAAGAUCAAGGUCACUGAUAUGCGCGAUUUUGAGGAAGUUCAGCCCGUGCAGCCUCCCAAAGAAGAGUCUAAGAAGAAAAAGAAGAAGAGAAAGCAGCAGGAGGAAGAGCCUGUCCAGACUCUCAGUAAGAAAGAACAGAAGAAAGCCCGUCGGCUGUUUCCCCAGCCUUUGGUGUCCUUCAAGGAGCUGCGCUCGAAAUACAACAUCUCCCGACGGCUUGCGGAGAACAUCGCUGACCAAGGCUUUACGGUUCCUACUGAAGUCCAACUGGGAAGUCUUCCUUUGUUGCUUGGAGAUCGGUCGGUCUCUCAAAAGUCGGGAACUGAAGAGAGUAUUGAGCCGGAUUUGUUGGUUGUUGCACCCACGGGAAGUGGCAAGACACUGUCAUUCAUGAUCCCAGUGAUCAACAAGAUCGUUCGACACCAUCAUGCUCAGUCAGAAGAACGCGGCAUCUUCUCUAUUGUGAUCGCCCCAACCAAGGAGCUCGCCAGCCAGAUUGUCAAUGAAGGCAGGAAGUUGGCCCAGGGUACUGGUGUGAAGAUCACAUUGAUGAAGAAGGGCAUGCAGGUAGUAGAGCGUGAUGAUGACGGAGAUGACAGCAAAGACAUUCUGGAUGAGGAUGACUCGGAAUCAUCUGGUUCUGAGGAUGAUGAAGUCACUACAGAGAAGAAGAGCAAGGGGAAGGCGCCGGUCACCAAGAGCGACAUCCUCGUAACGACACCACUGCUUCUGGUUAACGCGCUCUCUGCAAACCGGACCAAGCCGAUGGCGACUCUUCCUCUGGUAAGGAGCUUGGUUUUGGAUGAGGCGGACGUUCUCUUGGACCCUCUAUUCCGCGACCAGACACUCGACAUCUGGCGCGCUUGCACGCAUCCUGAGCUUCGAGCAAGUCUCUGGUCAGCGACGAUGGGGUCAAACAUUGAAGAUCUUGCCAAGUCGACUCUCAAGGAGCGGAAGGAUACCCUAAGUCAGACCAAGUCCUACCCGUUACUUCGUCUCGUUGUUGGACUGAAGGAUUCUGCUAUUCCAAACAUCAAGCACAAGCUGGUUUAUGCUGCAACUGAGCAAGGAAAGCUGCUCGGACUGCGACAGCUCCUCCACCCCGCCGCAGCUUCAGCUACGGACGUUCGCCUCCGCCCACCUUUCUUGAUCUUUACCCAAACGAUUCCCAGAGCUGUCGCUCUACACUCCGAAUUACGCUACGACAUUCCUCCCGAGGCGGGUGGUUCGUCCCGCAUUGCUGUCCUCCACUCUGAUUUGUCAGACGGCCAACGGUCCGAGAUCAUGAAGCAGUUCCGGAAAGGUGAAAUCUGGAUCCUCGUCACGACGGAUCUUUUGGCCCGUGGCGUUGACUUCAGAGGCAUCAACGGCGUUGUCAACUACGAUAUCCCGAAUUCCGCUGCCGUUUACGUUCAUCGUGUGGGCCGCACUGGCAGAGCUGGUCGUGAGGGCGGUAUUGCAGUGACAUACUACACUAAGGAAGACAUUCCCUAUGUCAAGAGCAUUGCCAAUGUGAUUGACGUCAGUGAGAAGCUACGAGGAACCUCCGAGGAGAAAUCUGUGCAGAAGUGGUUGUUGGAUGCCCUUCCUGAUCUCAGCAAGAAGAACAAGAAGGAGUUGAAGAAACAUGGUGUUAAGGCCAGACAGACCCAGGGCACGAAGGACGACAGGAAGACGAGAAUCAGUACCAAGAGCGGUUACGAACGUCGCGCCGAAAAUAAGAAGAAGGCCAUCAUUGAAGCUAGCCGCAGCAAGAAAUCUCAACCGCAGUCGGGUGCAGACGCUGGUAGCGACGAGGAGGGCUGGCAAGGUCUUGAGGAUUAGCUUGCUAUGGUCAUGGCUCGUGCUUGACCUGUGGAUGUUUCUGUACAAAUACCAAAAUCUAGCUUACGAUUCCCCAAUUCAGCACUGGAUAUAGA